CAAUGGAAUGCUGUGUCGACGGUUGCCUGGGGAACCGGGGCCUGCUAGGUGGCUGCCUCCUGGGAGCACUGAACUCACUGCCGCUGUGGCACUACCCUCCAUCAGAAACCUCCCAGGGCCUCCCAGGCUUCUGCAGAGCUCCGGCCAGCCAGGUGGAAAAAAAGCCGGAGCCAUCGUCGGAAGAAUGGCGGCUCCCUGGAAGGAGCGCUUGCAACUGGCCUCGCAAGAGAAGCCGCCUCCGAAGAUCCCGGAACAGAAUCCCGACCACCUCCCGCCGUUGCUGAGUCUGCUGGAGAAGAGGCAGGAGCUGGCGGAUGCGGGCCGGGGCCUGCAGGCCCAGAAGGAGGUCUUCCAGACCACCAUGGCGGCCCUGCAGGAGCGCCGGGAACAGCUGGAACAGAAGCAGCAGGAGCUAAAGGGGUCCUUUCACCGCUUUGACAAGUUCUUGCAGGAUUCCGAGGCCCGGCGCAGCCGCACGCUGCAGAGGGCGGCGGAGGAACGACACCGGGCCGGCCGCCAGGAGGCCGAGGCACUGCGGCUUCGGGCCCAGCUCGAGGAGCUGCAGCGGGAGCGCGCGCGGCUGCAGCGUCGGCUACAGCGGCUGCAGCCCUGCGCGCGCCUGCUGGAGCAAGUGCUGGAUCAGCUGCCAGAGUUCCAGGAGGUCCCCGAGCUAGUGGCGCGCUUCGAUGCCCUAGCCGACACGCUGGCCGAGCUGAAGCUCACGGAGCGCCAGCGGCUGGCGGAGCUGGAGGAGGCGCGCACGCGGCUGCGGCGGCUGCGCGACGCCUGGCAGGACGAGCUGCUCCAGCAGGGCCAGCGGCGAGCGCAGCUGCUGGAGCGCCUGGACGCGGCGCGGGAGCGCACGCUGCACUGGGAAUCCAAGUGGGUUCAGAUCCAGAACACAGCCACUGAGAAGGCCCUGCUCCUGGGACGCACUAGGAUGGCAACGCUCAACUUGUUCCAGUUAGUGUGCCAGCACCAGAGGCAGCCACCUGCCCUGGACAUCGAGGACACCGAGGGGCAGCUGGAGCAGGUGAAGCUGUUCAUCCUGGACCGCUCUGCCAUGCUGGCCAGCCUUCCUCAGGCCAAGCCUGCGGCCCCCGCCCCAUAGCCUGACCCAGGUGAGCAGUGGGGGAGGGGACCCCCCACCUGGAGACAGGUGCAUAUUUGCUGCGGGGGUGGGGGGUGGGAGUAGGUGGCUGAGUGGUUCUCACCUGAAGAGGGGAGGGUCAGGCCCACUCAGGUUGCGGUGGGACACAAGGGGCACACAGGGAGCACUUGAAACACCGGGGCUACCUGGGGGCACCCACCCCACGCCCACCACCUGGCCCAGAGCCAGGCCCCCCCGUCCAGGGCAGCCGGGAGCAUUAGACAAGCAGGUAUUUGUCAGGUGCUUGCAAUGGGCCUGGUGCAAAUCCUGGUAAUUCUGGACAAGUGUUUGGUAAGUCCAGUGACAUCGGUGGGACCAGCGAGAGGGUCAGUCUCAGGGGCAGAUGCCCACUCCCAGAGCAUCUGCUCACCAAGGCUCCUCCACGGUGCACCGGCACUCGGCAACCUUGGGCUCCAUAACCCAGCUGCUGGAGCUGCCUUUGACCUUCCCAGGACCCCACGGGGGCUGAGGGGCACAGGCCUCGGAGCAGGUCGGAGGCCAGGACAGGCUCUGAUGUCCAGGUGUGUGGUGGGGCAGUGUCAACCCCUUCACAGCCCGAGAGGAGCAGCCCCACCCUCCGCCCUGGACCCUGCAGCCGACUCCUUCCCGCUGGCCACGCCCAGCUGCGAGGCUGCCCUGGCAAAAGGAGGGGACUGACCGCCAGCUUUGGGGCUCACCCGCCUCAGGCAACUGACCCAUCCCC